ACGCACACGCGCUGUGGGCAGAUUGUCGGGAGAAUCUUGGCUGAUCGGGAGAGGUGGACUUUGGGAAACCUCCAUAGAAAAUUUGGUAUUGUUUCUGCACAAGCUUUAAAGGAAAAGCUCGACUCCAGAGCCAUCUGAUAAAAAAAUAUGUCUUACGGUUCCAUUGAUGGGAGUGGCGUUGGAAACAGGAGCCCCUUUGGCGGACCUUCUAGACAAGGAUACCAACCUUUAGCCACACAGAUGGAUCCCAAUGAACUACAGGAUCUUUUCCAGGAUACAUCAGCCAGCGUCUUCCGAAUUAAUGCCAAUGUGACUUCUCUGGAAAGGAGUCUUAAAUCCCUGGGGACGCCAAACGACACACCAGAACUCCGAGAUGGACUGCACAUGACUCAACAAGAGACCAACAAAACCAUCACAACAUGCACAAAUGCCAUCCGACAGCUGUCUGAGGUCAUCAGAGGUUCUUCAAGGCAAGAACGACUUCAGUUGGACCGGCUGAAGAACCAGCUCUCUGAUGCCAUUCAGCGAUAUGGAACGGUGCAAAAGAAAAUCGCCGAGAAGUCAAAAGCUCUGCUUCCCAAGGGACAGAGUAGUAGGAAGCAGCAAAGUCCCAAGACCCCUUUCUCUAACCUGGCGGAUGACGAAAAGAUCUUCAACGGCGGAGACAGCCUGUGGACGGAACAGAACCAGGAGCAUGCCCUGCUCUCCGAAAUCACAGAGGAGGACCUGCAGGUCAUCCGCCAGCGAGAAGAAGCCAUCCAGCAGAUCGAGAGUGAUAUGCUGGAUGUAAACCAGAUCAUCAAGGACCUGGCCUCUAUGGUAUAUGAGCAGGGUGACACAAUAGAUAGCAUUGAAGCCAACAUCGAGACUGCCUCCUCAAAUGUACAAUCUGCCAAUGAGCAGUUGGCCAAGGCAAGCCAACACCAACGACGAGCCAGGAGGAUCAAGUGCUGCGUCAUAGCCGCCGUCCUGGCAGUUCUUCUGGUCAUCAUCAUAAUCAUCUCCGUUUCGGUCAAGAAUUAAACCCUCUGGGUUUUCCCAGCCCACAGGCAUGCCAGCUUGGAACGUACAAAAUAUAUCACUCUGUAUCCACAGAUAAUGUCCAUUCUGCAGCAGGAUCACCGCAAAUCUAUGCAGUCAUUCAAGCAAUGUUUCGCAGCUCGGUGUAGAUGCAAAGUAAUGCGGCUUGUACUUGAGAAGGGACUGGAGUCUUGAACGUCACCAGUUUGGCGGGGGGCACUAAGGGGAUUAAUGUAUAUGCAUCUGUGCAUUUUAAAAUAUAUAUUAUCUGUUUCUGAAUUGCUAUGUGCUCUCUCUGAUUUCAUCCAUGCUUCCCUUUCCGUUCCACUCUGUAUAAAGUGAAGCUCUGUAUUACCCACUCACUAUAAUGGGAAAAAUAAAAAAUGCCUAUGACUUUUCCCCUUUUGGCCAAAGCGUGUGAAAUGUGCAGGCACAGAACACCCCACCCCCAAAUAGAUCUAGCUCGCCAAAUUGCAGACAAAUUGGCUUUUUAUGGGUGAACUAGAAGGGCUGUACUUUCCUCCAUAAUCCCUUAUGAGGUGGGAGGUUUGGUGGGGUUUUUUCUUUCUUUCUUUCUUUCUUUCUUUCUUUCUUUCUUUCUUUCUUUCUUUCUUGCUUUCUUUCUUUCUCUUUCUUACCUUAAAAUAAUUACAAUAUGGUUGAGUUUUGUAUAUUCUUGCUUGAACUUAAAAAAACUUUUAUUUUG